GUUUUGCGCACUUGAUGAUUUUUUCGCGAUCUUUAGAAUUGAGCCAUUUUUCAGACAAAAUGGCGUCAUUUCCGGACAAAAUGGAGGAUUCGGAAGGACAGAUACUGCUUAAGAACGAGAUUUCACCAUUACCUGAAGUUUAUGAAAUGCAAGAGUUUAAUAAUUGCAAAGUUGUGUUUGCAAACAAACAUGUUUACUCGAAUACACUACUGCUAGGAGCAUCUGAUCCGUUUCUAAAGGAGCUGCUGGAGCAGCUUCCUCCUUACCUGGAGCAGUGUUUGCUGUUCCCAGAUUAUCAAGAUCUUGAGCAAUUUCUUCAGAAUGAUUCUACCGCAAAGGAAGAGGAGAUAUUAGUCGAGGAGGAAGCUGCUGAGAUAGAACCCUUUCCAUUGCUGAAAUUAGAAACACAGACCUGGGAUACAGAUGACGAAUGCAAUCCAAGUGAAGAUGAAGAGAAAAGGGGAAAUGAGAGAAAAAAGACGAACAGAAAAUGGAAGAGAGGCGAAGGAAUUGGGAUAGGAAGUGAUGGCAUUGAAUACAAGUGUGACCGGUGCCAGAAAAAAUUCAACAAUGUUUUAGUGCUUGAGAUCCAUGUGCGUAAAUUCCACGAUCCAACAGCUAACAUCAAUCCGUUCUUCGAGCAUCUAGAGAAUCAUGAGUUCAGGUGCAAAGUUUGCGGAAUUAUAAGCAACAGCAGAAUUGGUAUGCGAAAACAUUGCAAUAAAAGUCAUAUUAAGAAGAAAAGUGUUGCUUGUGUUGAGUGCAAGAAAACCUUCUACUAUGAACGGGAAUUGAAGUUUCACAUGAAGGUUCAUAGUCAGGAGAAAACUCAGUUCUGCUCAGUGUGCGGAGAAGGAUUUGUUUAUAACCAGACAAUGAAGAGGCAUUAUCUAAACGUUCAUGCAACUGAAGAGGAAAAAAAUUUACUUAAAAAUAGAUUUCAGUGUGACAAGUGUGGAUACUCAGAUAUGUUUCUGAACAGGUUAAAGCGACACAUGGAAACCCACAGUACCUCCAGGAACUAUGCCUGUGAUGUUUGUGGUAAAACAUUUACAAGUAAACGUUAUAUGCAACAACACUAUAGAAGCAACCACGUUUUACCACCACAACCAGCCAGACCUAAAACUGCUGAGCAGAAAGCUAAAGAAGCUGCCAGAGCUAGAAUAUAUCGGGCCAUUAAGGCUGGAAAACUACCCGAGAACUAUAAACAGCUUCCUUUAUCAAAACCUGAUGUUCCAGAUGGAGAAAAUAAAUCUUAAAAAGAAUAAAAUCGUUCUUGACAUUGUCUAAUGUUUAAUUUUAGCUAAUCCAUUAAAUUAAAAUUAAAUAUGUCAAAUAUUUCAGUUUUGAUUUAGUAAAGUCAAAUCAAGACUAGACAGUAGAUAAGUACGAUUUGAUUUUAUCAUUUUAUAAAAUACUUCUAAUAUUUUUUGCAAACACUCAAGUUUUCAUUGUCGAUUCCACAUUUUGAUCUUUUCUACAUCUUGGACAAUGAUGACGAUUUGGCUUUGAGGUUCUUUAAUUUGAACUUCAUGUAGAUACUCAAGUAGCCACUCUUAUCAACAAUACAUAGUAUUCAUUUAAGAAUAUUUUGGAUUGCAGGCUGGGCUAUUGGCAUUUAAUGUGCAUUAUAUACUGACAAAAAAAAACAUACAUAACAUACAUAGAAAAGAGAAUUAAGAAUUAUAAACAAAAAACUGUAUUUUUAAUCUAACAAUAUGCAUUAAGUUUUUAACAGUUGAUGUAGCUGAAGAAUGUUUAGUAAAGAGGUGAAUGCUGUCAGAUUCGCAUAAAUAACGAUCCCUAAGAAAUUUAAGCUAAAUUUUAGGAUUUUAAAGUGGAAGGUUCAAAUGUCUCGGGACAUUAGUCAAAACUACAAUUUGUAGUAUUCCAAUAAAUUUUUAAG